GAGGUGGCUGUGAGCAUGCGCAGUUCCUCCUGCCACCUGUAGGGGGAGCCGCUUGUUCCCUGAGCAGGAAGUUGUGUUUAACGGACGCGAUGGAACCGUUAACCGACGCCUCUGGACUUUGUGCCGCUGGGAAGUAGCUGAAACUCAGCGACAUGGUGGGAUCUCCCCUCGCUGUUUCCAUGGAUGACUACUGAUGUUGGGAAGCGAUGCGCCACCACUGGCUGCUCCUCGGGGCUUGCGGCUGGGUGCUGCUCAUUCUGAUGUUCGUUAGCAAGUUCAUGAGCUUCAGAGCUGUAGAUGACUAUGGAGAGAGAUCCGGAGGUCAGAGCUGGACAGUACCAGGCACCAAGGUGGUCAAACCCAUUCCUGUGUCCAGCCCAGAAAAACAAGCUCCAAAGCCAUCAGAUCAGCCUUCAGCAGCACCCACAGUGGGCGAGUGGCAGUCCGUGGCUGAGAAGCGAAUCGAGCUGCUCUCCACCGUGUGCAAGAACAGCAGCCUCAGGAAUCUGACUCACGUGUCCAUCAGCAAGUUCGUCCUCGAUCGCAUCUUUGUCUGCGACAAACACAAGAUCCUGUUCUGCCAGACGCCUAAAGUGGGCAACACACAAUGGAAGAAGGUCCUCAUUGUGCUCAAUGGAGCUUUUUCCACAGUGGAGGAGAUACCAGAAAACCUCGUCCACGACCACGAGAAAAAUGGCCUCCCUCGCCUCUCGUCACUCUCUCCACAGGAAAUAACUCACAGAUUGAACUCCUACUUUAAGUUUUUCAUCGUGAGAGAUCCUUUUGAGCGCCUGAUCUCCGCCUUCAAGGACAAGUUUGUGAAGAACCCGCGCUUUGAGCCUUGGUACAAACACGACAUCGCUCCAGCCAUCAUCCGGAAAUACCGCAAGAGCCACCGCGACAGCGACCUCGCCACCUCCGGUCUGCACUUCGAGGACUUUGUCCGUUACCUGGGCGACGUAGAAGGCCGCCGCCGCAUGGACCGGCAGUUUGGGGAGCACAUCAUCCACUGGGUGACGUACGCAGAGCUGUGCGCGCCGUGCGAAAUCCACUACAGCGUGGUCGGCCACCACGAGACGCUGGAGCGAGACGCCCCCCACAUCCUCAGAGCCGCUGGCAUCGACGAGCUGGUGUCCUACCCGGCCAUCCCCCCGGGCAUCACCCGCUACAACAGGACCAAGGUGGAGCGCUACUUCUCAGGCAUCAGCAAGCGGGACAUCCGGCGUCUCUACGCCCGUUACCAGGGCGACUUCAGCCUGUUUGGCUACCCGAACCCAGACUUUCUACUGAACUAAAACUGAUUAACACUAACUAAAAGACACUUUGAUAUAAAAUCCUCAACAUCUUUUGGUUUACUAAGACAGGGGUGUAUUGUAGCUAACUGAACUGGCAGAGAGGCGUCACGUCUCUGUUCUUAUUUUAGACACAUUUUCUUGGAAUAACUGACGGGUUGUUGCUGUGUUGGGUGUAUGUGCAAUUCUGAAAAGUGCUAUCUAAUAAUAACAUAUUUAACAGUGGGUUUUUUGGAGGGAGGUGAUGAAACUGACGAGAGUAGAUGAUGAUGAUGAUCGGCUCAUCAUGUUGUUGCUAAAGGUGUGGAAAAACUUCAAUAUGUAGGUCAAACACAGGUACAAACAAAUGGAGAACAUG